ACCGCGCGCGAGAGAGAGUGAGGGAGAGAGCGGGAGACUGACUGGCGUUACCGAAAGUAGACGAACCGAAACGUCGACAUGAGCGGUCAGUUUGAGGAAGAUAUCCACGACCGGGCAGAGAGGAAGAGCAGUAAAUCCCCGACGCUGCUCUCCUCUUACUGCAUAGACAGCAUUCUGGGCCGCCGGAGUCCCUGUAAGGUCAGACUGAUAGGGGCGCAAAGUUUGACAGGUCUGCCCGGCAGAGGGGAGCUCGACAAGACGGCUGACAGGCCAACGAAAGACCCCCUUUCUCUCAGCGCUGACAUGCACCUGCCACCCAAGCUCCGCCGGCUGUACGGACCCGGGGGGAAAUACAUCCACGACCACGCGGAGACGCUGGACAGGGAGCGGCUCCUCCUGGAGCAAGCAAGCGACAGCCUGAAAAUCAGCCAGGCGCCGCAGGUGAGCAUCAGCCGCAGCAAAUCCUACCGGGAGAACGCGUCACUGAGCCGGGGAGAGGGCGACCAGAGCCCCGGGGAGGGCUCGGAGGACGGCAGCCUGGGACUGGUAGAGCUCGGCCCGUUGAAGUUCGAGGAGGACGCGGGGAAGGAGGAGAGCUGCGGGGACGCGGCCGCUCUGUCCCCGAAGGACGAGGAGAGGGAGAGCUUGAACGCCGGGGAUGGGGACGUGAGGGACGGGGAGGACAGCGUGUGUCUGUCGGCGGGCAGUGACUCGGAGGAAGGGAUGCUGAAGCGGAAGCAGAGAAGAUACAGGACUACCUUCACAAGUUACCAGCUGGAGGAGCUGGAGAGGGCUUUCCAGAAGACACACUACCCCGACGUCUUCACCAGAGAAGAGCUCGCAAUGCGUCUGGAUCUCACCGAGGCCCGUGUUCAAGUGUGGUUUCAGAACCGCAGGGCCAAGUGGAGGAAGCGUGAAAAGGCCGGGGUGCAGGCCCACCCGUCAGGCCUGCCGUUCCCAGGCCCCCUGGCAGCGGGCCACCCUCUCAGCCACUACCUGGAGGGAGGGCCCUUCCCACAUCACCCCCACCCUGCCCUUGAGUCCGCCUGGACAGCGGCUGCAGCAGCAGCCGCUGCCUUCCCGGGCCUGGCCCCGCCACCCCACAAUGGCUCCGCUCCACCCCUGGCCACCCCACUCGGCCUGGGCACUUUCCUGGGCACGGCUGCCAUGUUUCGCCACCCUGCCUUCAUUGGGCCUACUUUUGGCAGGCUGUUCUCCAGUAUGGGUCCCCUGACCAGUGCUUCCACCGCUGCAGCGCUCCUACGUCAGCCUGCCCCUCCUGUAGAGAACCCUUCCCACACGGGCCCCGUCCUUCCCGACCCUUCCUCUUCUUCCUCCGGCCCCUCUUCCUCAGCAGACCGCAGAGCCUCCAGCAUCGCAGCGCUGCGCCUCAAGGCCAAGGAACACUCGGCUCAGCUUACCCAGCUUAACAUCCUGCCCAACGGAGCCACAGGGAAGGAGGUGUGCUGAACACUCAACACCAGCUCUAGGCCUCCCCGUCCCGGGCUUACGUCCCAUUCCAUGACACCCCCUCCCCGUUCCAAAAAACCCAUUCAUACCUCUGGAGCCUGAUGUCCUGAUGUCCCCUUGUUCAAACAUCCCUGUUACCUCAUGUUUCCCCAACAAAAUAGCACGACCAAAUUCAAAAGAGCACUGGCUAAAAAAAGAUGUGUGUUUGUGUGUGUUUGUGUGUGUGUGUCUGGUAAUUACAGAUAUUGUAGCAUUUUUUUACACUCCAUACACACACACACACCUUUCUGAGGGACAGUCCAGUAACUUCAAGUUUUUCACUUUCAUAAAAAAAUACAAUAUUUAAAGAUAGUUGAAAAACAGGUUUCUGACUAUAGAUUAAAAAUUUUGAGAGUAAAUUACAUCAAUUAUAUAAAUCAAGUACACUAUCAUAGUUUUUUUAAAGCGCUCAUAAGGCAGUGUGCCACGUGCAUACACAAAAAAUACUAAGUACACCCAGUGCCAGUGGAGGAAUGUAACAAAGUACAUUUACUCAGGUACAAAUUUGAGGUACUUGUACUCCAGUAUUUCCAUUUGAUGCCACUUUAUACUUCUACUAAACUAAAUUUCAGACAGAAAUAUUGUACUUUUUACUCCACUACAUUUAUUUGUCAGUCACAAAUUAGCUAAUUGAAGUUUGUAAAAGAAAAAAUUAAAUUCACCUCAACCAACAAUAACAUGCCACUUGAAAGCAUCAGUUAUAAGAAUUCAGUAAUAUAAUAAAUAUAUAAUAUUAAUUUUGUAGUAGUACUCACAGGGGCAUUCAGCACUUUUCCUUUUAUAUCUUCAGUAACAGUAUAGCCUACUUUUAUGCUAUAAGGAUCUGUCGUUUCACACACACACUUACACACACACACACACACACACACACACACACACACACACACACGCACAGAAAGCCGAAGAACCGCAGGGGAACCCCGACUUUUAGAAAGGAUUCUUGUGCUACUUCAAAUGUGGACAACUGGAGUGCUCAACAUUAACACUGCUUAAUCUGUAUGCAUUGAUGUGGGCUGAGCCAGUCUGCGACUAUAAUAAAAGCGAGUUGGAGGAGCCACACCCCCCAAACCCCGAACCAAA